CGGCAUGGGCGAGCAUCCCAGCCCGGGCCCCGCAGUGGCCGCCUGCGCCGAGGCGGAGCGCAUCGAGGAGCUGGAACCCGAGGCCGAGGAGCGGCAGCCAGCGGCGCCGGAGGACUUUGACCCUGGGAACACAGGCUACAUCAGCACAGGAAAGUUCCGGAACCUCCUGGAGAGCCACAGCUCCAAGCUUGACCCACACAAACGGGAGGUGCUCCUGGCUCUCGCCGACAGCCAUGCGGACGGACAGAUCUGCUACCAGGAUUUUGUCAACCUGAUGAGCAACAAGCGCUCCAACAGCUUCCGCCAGGCCAUCAUGCAGGGCAAUCGCAGGCUCUGCAGCAAGGCCCUGCUGGAGGAGAAAGGCCUGAACCUCUCCCAGCGGCUCAUCCGCCACGUGGCCUACGAGACCCUGCCCCGGGAGAUCGACCGGAAGUGGUACUACGACAGCUACACCUGCUGCCCCCCACCCUGGUUUAUGAUCACGGUCACGCUGCUGGAGGUUGCCUUUUUCCUCUACAACGGAGUGUCGCUGGGUCAGUUCGUGCUGCAGGUAACCCAUCCGCGGUACCUGAAGAACUCGCUGGUGUACCACCCACAGCUCCGCGCACAGGCGUGGCGCUACCUGACGUACAUCUUCAUGCAUGCGGGGAUAGAACACCUGGGACUCAACGUGGUGCUGCAGCUCCUGGUAGGGGUGCCCUUGGAGAUGGUGCACGGAGCAACCCGCAUCGGGCUUGUCUACGUGGCUGGCGUUGUGGCAGGGUCCUUGGCGGUGUCUGUGGCCGACAUGACUGCACCUGUGGUGGGCUCCUCCGGAGGCGUGUAUGCACUCGUCUCCGCCCAUCUGGCCAACAUUGUGAUGAACUGGUCAGGCAUGAAGUGUCAGUUCAAGCUGCUGCGGAUGGCUGUGGCCUUGAUCUGUAUGAGCAUGGAGUUUGGGCGGGCCGUGUGGCUCCGGUUCCACCCAUCAGCCUACCCGCCGUGCCCUCACCCGAGCUUUGUGGCGCACUUGGGCGGUGUGGCCGUGGGCAUCACCCUGGGCGUGGUGGUCCUGAGGAACUACGAGCAGAGGCUGCAGGACCAGUCGUUGUGGUGGAUCUUUGUGGCCAUGUACACAGUCUUCGUGCUGUUCGCUGUCUUCUGGAACAUCUUCGCCUAUACCCUGCUGGACUUAAAGCUGCCACCGCCUCCGUAGGAGGCUGGGGGGACCGAGGUCGGGGAGGGGAGGCAGAGGCAGCGGCAGGAAGGAACGCGUACGUU